GGAAAAAUCCAACAUGUCCGCCGACGAAGACACCGAGCUGAGAGAUUUAGUCGCUCAAACUCUUGAAACUAAUGGUGUUUUGGGAAAAAUUCGGGCUCAGCUGAGAGCAAGUGUGUUUUUAGCAUUGGAGGAACAAGAAUCAAUACAGAAUAAAACACCUUUCCAGAAUCCUGACUUGAAUAAGUUUGUUUCUACAAAAGAAGGUCAAGCAGUUGUUGGGCUGGUGAGAGAGUUCCUAGAUUUCUUCAACCUAGAGUUUACCCAGGCUGUCUUUGAACCUGAGUCUGCAUGUAACACUACUUAUGAAGGGCGAAAUACCUUGGCUAAGCAGCUAAAUAUUCCAGAAAGCCAUGGAGGACCAAAGGUACCUCUUCUUGCAGAAAUAUUGAAGAGGCCGCAAGGGGAGAAAACUGGAGCUGCAAGACCUACAGGAAUUGAGGGAAGACCAGCAGACACAGAUGCACACAUCUCUGUACCACAGGAACUCACUCCAAAGCAGUUGGCAGAUGCUAGAAAGAAAUUUGAAUACUAUGAUAGAGAUAAGAACAAUGAGAUAGACAAAGAAGAAUUAAGGGAUCUGUUUAAUGAUAUGUUUCCAAAUUUUAAUAGAAAUAUGUUGGACAGAUAUGUAAAUGAUGAAUUUCGGGCAGCUGAUAGAGAUAUUAGUAACAAAUCGUAUUUUUCCAUUACUAGUAAAGGUAAAUUUUCAGCAUGCAUUCUUAGAUUCUCACAUGCCAGUAACUCUGAAAGAUCAGAACGCAGUUUGGUAGAUUCCAGAAAUCAAAGAAAUCUUGAAAACGGUCCAAAGCAAUUGAUACAGGACAACAACAAUACAGACACAGAAGAAGAUUUCUUUGAUGAUCCAGUUCCCAGCUCACUGAACACAGGAUUUAAAUCUUAUGGCAGGAGGAGGAGACGUGUAGCUUUUAAGGGUGAAAGCCCGAGGGAAGAAAAGCGAGGUGGCAGCGGGCGACCAUCACAAAUCCCAGUGUUUUCAGCCUUGAGGAGGGGGGAUUGUUUUCUGGAGUUUAGUGAUGACAAGCAUGAUAAAUCAGAGAGCAAUGGUAUUGGUGGACAGAAGUCUGGUUCCCAGGGUCGCGGCCAGACUGGGGGCAUGAGCUCAUUACAAGGGCUUCCGUCGCUGACAGGAGACAGGGGUACCAGCGGAAGGAAGUCUCAAAAUGUCCAUGUUAAAGCUCAGGGUGAAACCUCGGAGAAUUUACGUGCCAUGGAUAAACGGAUGUCUGACCUUGGUCUCGACGGUGAUGCUCAGGAUUAUUCGUAUGAAGAUGACUUUGUGAGUGAAGGUCAUAGUAUAAGUCAGAAGAGCCCACGUACAAGAUCAGAGGCUCAGAAUGGCAGCAUUGCUGAGGAGAUAGAGGAAGACAUUGAUGAUCUGUCUAUAGAGGGUGAUGAUUUGUUACGCAGUGAGAAAAGCGCAUUUGAUGACAUGACAACAGAUAGAACAAUUUCACAACACGAGACCGGAUAUGAUUACAUUGAAGACCUGCAAGACUGAGAGGAAAAGUUGAUUACUGAGAUGAACAUAGAUAAUGUGAAAGUGUCAAAAAUAUUUUGAAGACCUGCAAUAGCAGAAGUUGAGAAAAACUGAAUUACUCACAUAUAAACGGGUACGUUAGCAAUUAGAUGAAACAGUUAACAUGACAAUAGGAACUAUUUUCUACAUGAGGAAGGGAACUAUUUUCUACCAUACAAUGCUGGGCACUAAUAUGUUCAAGUUGUUUUAUUUGAAUGCUUGAUAUACUAGCAUUACAUCAUGGUGUUUAAGAUAGUUGUAUUUAAGAUUACAUGAAUUUAAUUAUAUUUAAAAGGUAAAAAUAAGUUACAUAUAAAUUACAAAAAAAAUUCAGGAAGGGUUUAGUGCGAUCAUUUACUCCAUGAAAGUAGAAUUGUAUCUGGUCAUUCUUCUGUUGCUGUGGAGGAGAAAUGAAAAGUUAUAAAAUUUGUUAAGCCUAGAAUGACACUGUAGAAACAAAUAGAAAAGCCUAUAAAAGUUUGACAAUUGUAGCAAGACCUCACAUGAUGGAGAUUUCUGAAUCCUGAUAAAGUUUUGAGAUUUCAGAAUCUUUAUACAGUUUAUUUUUGUUGUGAAUCUUGCAUUCACAGACUUUGUUAUUAUAUUGGUUUCCUUUCCAGGGAAAAAUUAUUCCCCAUUUUAGAGUAAAGUUUUUUUUUAAAACAUAAAACUAUAUCAGAGGUGCCUAAUGUUUUUAGGCAUUUUAAUGUUAGAAAUAGAAAGAAAAUAAACCUUUGGUCAAUUCUGUGUACAAAUUUGCAUUGGAAAUCAUAUUUAUGUGACAUAAUAAGUAAUUUGUGCCAGUUUUAAUGUCAUAUACUGUUAGACCCUUUAUGACUAGCUGACAUAAAAUAAUGCUCUUAAAUAAAGAGUUCUCUACUGCAAAGGCAAUGCAUGUGCAUUUAGCUAUGUAGUCUCCUUGUAGCUUCUUCCUUGUUAUCACUAUUUUCACCAAAUGUGAUAUAUCUUUAAGAGCAGCAUUGCCAACAUUUUUAUCUCACUGUAGUGUACAUGUAAAAUACAGAUGAUUGAUUGUAAAAUGCCAGUAUAUACAACUUCUUUGUCCAACCCAUGGGUUCUACAGUUCUUUAUUUUUUGGGAUGGGGGUGUAGGUGCACUCGCACCUUGUAUUUCCUAGUUGUCAUUGGAGCUAGUUUAGGCAGGCUGAAUUAAAGUGAUCAGCAAAUUAUGUAGUGUCUAUAACAGUAUUUCUUUUAAAGGACCAGAUGUCUCUUCUUAUACCUCUGCAGUAUAAAUAUAUAUAUUUGAAGUUCUUAGAAUUGACCGUAAUCUGAUUAUUAAUCAAUUUUUCUGGCAUUUUAUUUUUGUGUAUAGAACUCAAUAGCAAUAGUGAUUAACUGUUCUUACAAAAUUAAUAUCUUGUCAAAUUUUUAAAAAAUAUUUAUAAAACUCAUAACAAUUACAAGUAUUGUGAAGUCACAAAUAUUCAUGGGAGAUUAAAUUUAUUUGUUGGGUCAUUUUCAUGAAAUUUAAUGAUUACCAAACAAAAUUCCCAUAUACUGUAUCUUUGACAUUUGAAAUUCAUGAAAGACAAUAAAUUGUAUACCCACAAAUUUUAGUGAUAUACCAGCACUGUAUGAGCACUUGUAUUUGCAAAAUUUCUAAGAAUGGUCCAUUAGAGGGGCUAAAUUGUGUGUAAAUUUAUGACUACAUGGAUUAUAGGUACACAGACCGUGACCUUGUAUAUGAUCUACAAAAAUAAAAAGUCCAUGUCUCUGUUUUGAGCUUAUUCCUAUGUUGCCUUGAGAACUACCAUUGUGGCAUCUUGAUAGUAUCAAUAAGUUGUUUGAACUUCUUUACAGGUGUGUUAAAAAGAAAAAUUGCUAUUUAUUGUUUUCAUAUCAGGAUGAAAUAUUAUUGGGCAAACUGUUGUCUAACAAUGUCACAACUUCAGAAUGACGCCUUCGGGAGUUUUCAUUCACUUGCUGGAUCAAAAAUUGUAUACUUUAGAUACGUAGGACACCUGUAAUGUUGUGUUUGUGUCUUUGAUUGCAUAAUUAAGGUAGGUGACUAAGCAAGAAAUGAUGCAACACGAUAAGUAUGCAUACAGUAUUUGACAUGUAAUAAGCUUUAGUUGACAUUUUUUUAUGAAAGCACACAAACCCAUACUAAUAAUGUUUAAUGCCCUUUCUUAUACAUUUUUUAAUGAUUAAUUAUGCCUUUCUUGUAUAUUUUUAAUGAAUUCUUUUGUUAAUGAUAACUCACUUUAUUAUCUGAUUUUUAUGUGUUCAUUGUCUCAAACUGUUGUAUCCGUCCAGAUGAUUUUACAAUUUUGUUUAAUUUUUCUUUGCUGUAUAUUGUUGUGUAACAAUAUGUGCUAUAAUGAUAUUAUAAAACUGUGUCGAAGAUACUGAAUGGAUGUAUGCUAUGUAAAAUUAAAAGAAGAAAAAAUACAUGCAUGUUUUGAGGCAAAUUGACCUGUGAAUCACUUGUAUUUUGAUGCAUAUCAAGUCAUAAAACACGUUUUUAGACAACACUCGCAUGUUGAUAAAACACUUACAUUUUGAGGCAAAGUAGCUCAGAAAACAUGCAUUUAGAUACACAUCAGGUCAUAAAACACUUAUAUUUUGAGGCAAAUACACGCACAUUUUGAAGCAUAUAUCUUAUAAAACACAUUUUGAUGGAAAUAAGCUUAUAAAACACUCGUAUUUUGAUGCGUAUCAACUCAAAAAAUGACAUUUUGAGGCAAAUAAUUUUAUAAAACACUCACAUUUUGAAGCAGAUAAGCUUUUAAAACACAUUUUGAGUCAAGCAGCUCAUAAAACACAUUUAAGGCAAAAUAAACUCAUAAACAUUUUAAUGGUUACAUUUUGAGGCAAAUAAGCCACAGUGGAACUUUAUAUGAUUUGGGUAACUGGAUAUAUGAAGUUAGUCAGCAGUUACAUAAAGUGUAAGAAGACUUUCUGUAAAGUAUUUAGUAUUCAAGUUAAUAACAAUUUUAUUUUCUAUUGUUUCUUUACUGUAAGUGCUUGGUAGAGAAAAUUUUCUAUGCAAGGUAGAGAAAAGCAUUGUAGUAUGGUAGGAAAGCUCAUUCAUUAGGAGAUGUAUAUACAAGUUUUCUAGGUUUUAGAGUGGUCAGUGGCACAUCUUUGUGCCAGACCUCAGACAGUAGAAAUAACAUUAACCAGUAUCGUAAAUGUAGAAUGGUUAGUCUUUAAGUUUUAUAGAUUACAUGUAAGAACACAGUUUUUGUGUAGAAACUCUAUAUUGUCAUAGAUUACAUGUAAACACUUCAUAAUCUGCCUAUAUAUCCAGAAAAGUGGCCUAGAAAUUGCCUUUGAUGGCAAUUUUUGUUAAUGCCCGACAGCCAUGUUCAUUGUUAACUUUAUAAAAAUUUGAAAAGUUUCAGGGGGGCUGUCGCCUUCUAAGGGUCAUAGUAAGGUCACAGCACAAGGUCAAAGGUCAAUAGGUGCAUUUUUGUUAUUAACGUUAGAAUUUCGCUAUUUUUGCUACCUUUUAAUAUAAACUUGUAAUUUUUCGGUGAUUAUUAUGAAUUUGAGAAGUAAAUAAAUUACUUUGUGUAGAUUUAUUGCAUUUGAGACUGGCAAAAUUCAAAACGACUAAAGUUAUUUCUAUAGAAUGAGCUGAAUUUUUCGUACGCUCUGAUAUUUUUUUCAUUUAUAAAAGCUAUCUUUUUCAUGUUUGAUCUUCUAAUGCUUUCAUUUUCAGGCUAACACUUUUUAAAAAGGCUAGUUAUUUGCCUUUUAUGAUUGUCUGUACGAACAGUACAGGUAGAAGAAGUCUAUGGCGCGUAUUAUAAGACUGGUACAGUUAAACUUCGUUUACUCGAAUGAGGAUUAUUCGCUCACUGCUCUUGGCUCGAACUCGUCAGGUCUAUAUAAUGUGUAAUUCACGUUGGUUUGUACUACUGGUAUCUCGAUCAUAUUUUGCUUGUCUCGUCGAGCACUAGCGAACACAGUUUGACUGUAAUAGCUAUUGACAGAUCUAAAGAUUCUUUCGGAAGCAUGGAACUCAAGGACGUAAAAUAGCAAACUCAGUUUGAUUAAGUCUGUUUACAUUGUUAGAUAGUAUGAAAUGUGCAAAUUCUCUCAAGCAUUACUUAAAAUGGUCUAUUAUAUGCUGUCAAUUAAAAAUCUAUUCCAGUGGUUUACGCAUAUGCUGUAGUAAUUUCAGGAAAGUGUGUGCGUUUAGAAAUACCAUCUAUGUACAAAAAUUAAGCGAUAUCAAAGUUUGAAUAUAGAUAUUAGAUAACCCGCAAAUGUUAUGCUGUUUUUAUUUUCAGUCCAUUAGUAUGGAAAUGGUACUCUUCAUAUUUUUGAAUCAGCUAAAAAAGAAUUCUUUGCACAUUAACGUUAGGCUAUUAUAAGGACUGGUAACCGCUCUUCAAGUGUUUUCAAUAUCUACAAUUUUGUUACUGCCAGUGUUUGUUUAUGUUGGUUCUAUCAAUUGUCAGUGAAUUUGAAACUAUAUUGAAAGAUAUUAGUAAUAUCUUAAUGACUGAAUAUAGGGGUAAGCAUGUUUGUUUUCCAGUUACAAUGCCUUUAGAUUUCCGAAUAUUUGGUUGGUGAUAGAACCGGGUAGAGCAAACGUACAAAUGUAUCACAAAGGAAUCUGAUGUUAUAAAAUAAAACAAAUGUGAGCACAAGCUAUAGACGUCUUAGCCUGACAUAUUCAUUCGACAGUAAUUGUUUAUUAUAAAUCCAUCGUUUUGAAUUACAAAUCUCUUCUUUAUGCUCAGUCUUCUCACCAUGAAGAAAGUUACUUUUACAUUUUAGCCCGCCCGCUUAGCUCAGUAGGUAGAGCGUUGGUCUACGGAUCGCGGGGUCGUGAGUUCGAUCCUCGGGCGGGGCGUAUGUUCUCCGUGACUAUUUGAUAAACGACAUUGUGUCUGAAAUCAUUAGUCCUCCACCUCUGAUUCAUGUGGGGAAGUUGGCAGUUACUUGCGGAGAACAGGUUUGUACUGGUACAGAAUCCAGGAACACUGGUUAGGUUAAUUGCCCGCCGUUACAUGACUGAAAUACUGUUGAAAAACGGCGUUAAACCCAAAACAAAAAAAUACUUUUACAUUUUAAUUUGUAAAACAUGUGAAUGACUAAUGUUUCAGUUCCAAGAUACAAGCUUUCUUUUCACAAUGUAAUCAAGGACAUCCUGUCUGAAACCAAGUUUUGUUUGUUUUGGGUUUAACGCCGUUUUUCAACAGUAUUUCAGUCAUGUAACGGCGGGCAGUUAACCUAACCAGUGUUCCUGGAUUCUGUACCAGUACAAACCUGUUCUCUGCAAGUAACUGCCAACUUCCCCACAUGAAUCAGAGGUGGAGGACUAAUGAUUUCAGACACAAUGUUGUUUAUCAAAUAGUCACGGAGAACAAACGCCCCGCCCGAGGAUCGAACUCACGACCCCGCGAUCCGUAGACCGACGCUCUACCUACUGAGCUAAGCGGGCGGGCUCUGAAACCAAGUGUCAGAUGUGUAAAUUGUUAUGAUCUGAUUCGUUUUCAACUUUUGUUUUGAACAGGAAGUGGGAGUGUGGAAGCAAAGCCAAAAAAUAUAAAUAUAUUCGAAAAAGAAAACACCUGCUGAAUUUUCAGAAAUAAAUAAUUAAAUUACAAAUACAUAAAAUGGUCCUAUUUAACAAUCACCGCGUGGACAAAUUAACAUAAAUAUAUAUCAUAUAAUGAAUUAUCACCAGUAUUGAAAUUAUUCCUUUGGGAGCUGGAGAAGCAUUUCAUAUAUGUAAAUGUUACUUUCAACAAUAUUUCAGUCAUGUAGCGGCGGUCAAUUAACCUAAUCAGUGUUUCUGAGUAUAAGCCUUAAAGUAUUAGCCUUUCCCCGUAAGUAACUGUCAACUUUUUCCAUAUGAUUCAGAAGUGGAGGGCGAAAUUACUCUUGACAAUGUCUUUUAUCAAAUCUUCAUGGAGAACCUACACCUCUUCUGGGGAUCAAACUCACGACCCCGCGAUCCUUAGAUCUGCGUUCUCCUAAUUGAGCUAAAAUACUUGGUUCUAUACAUGACAGUAAAGUGAUUUUAACUGUUUAUGUGAGAAUUUUUAUAUAUAUUUAUAUGUAAUUCAUUUUCGUUGUAGUCUGCUUCCUGAAAAUCAGCCAUAUUUUCCCUAUCGCACACAUUUUUCAAAAGGUGUACACUAUGUAAAUAAUCUUUUGAUAGUCAGUUCAAAGUUUAAAUUCAAAUUUGAUUGCUUCCUGACUUUGGUUUUAUCUCUGCCAAAUUUUGACAGAUUUGAAUGAAAAUAAUAACCAGUUCCAUUUCAGUUAAAUAACAUAACAGCGAUAUCAACUGUGCCUACAUUGGUUGGGUCAUGACAGUUCAAAUAAGGUAACCUAAAAAUAAAACGUCACAGAAUGGAUACAACUUGGUGCUGGUCUCUACGUGGCAAGUACUACCAUCUGCAGUAUUAAACAAUUUUGUCAUUAAUUGGUGUCAUUUAUGACAUCACAAACCGGAUAUAAAAUAAAUAUGUUCAUAUUGAAAAUAUUGACGGAUGUGCCAUUUCAACUAAACAUAGUUGAACAUUCAGAAUAUGAUACUUGGAAUUUCUGCAGUGAUACUAAUAAUGUGGCUUUUAAUUUAAAGGUUACCCUAUUGUUACCCUUACGGUUAAAUGAAUAUAAUUAAGGCUAUGAUAGUAAUUAUGUUUUAUUAUAACAAAAUACUCAUUAAACGUUGUGCAGAACACCAUUCAAAUCUGUCAAAAUUUGGCGAUAAGAGAAAAAAAUCAGGUGUGGAGUCAGAAAAGUUGUUGUGUUUAUUAUUAAUGAAUGCACUAUUUUGCUUCCUUUAGUACCUAAGAAGUCAUUUUCAAAAGUUCAUUUUGACCUUGACAUGUCUGUGACCUUGAAUUUACAUUAAAAUAACCCUUGGAUACGACAGUACCAAAAAUAUAUUUUGCAGUUGAUCCUCAUAUAUAGAUUGACAAACAUAUCAAGUAUAACACACGUUGCCAUUGUAUGCCACUUUUCCUAGACAUAUAUAUUAUUCUGUAUAAUAUAUAUAUAUUAUAUUUCUAAUAUUAUCAUCAGUUUUAUUUACAAAAUACAAAAGGGCGUCGAAAAACAAUAUUUAACCUAAUUAAGAUGUUUAUAUGAUAAUAAAACGAGUGAACAGCGGUAUAAUUUAUUUGUAAAUGCACUCAUUUGACCUUUGACCCCAUUAUACUGUAAUGAGGAACCCUAUAAGGCGACAGCCCGUUUUAAAUUUCAUGUUUGAUCCUAAGGAACAUUUUUAUAAUAAUAUCCGAGCAUUAACAAAAAAUGCCAUCAGAAGUCACAUUUUCCUCAGAUACUGGCAGACUAUCAGGUUUUCAUAGGUAACAUGUUAAAAACCUAAGUCAAUAUUAGCUUUGAACUAUUACUUUUGAGUGUCUGUAAAACAUUUUAGGUUAUUUGUGAUUGUCAUUAGAUUUAUGGAUGUAAUUACACAGAAUUCCAUUUCUAACAAUGACAUUUCACAUAUGGCCAUCUGAAAGGCAGGCAUGAAAAAAGUAGAUUUUAAUUAAUGAUUAUUGUUUGUGCUUAUAGUUUUAUACACUAAAGGGUAAAAGUCACACUUAUUCAAGACUUAGUUUUCAUUGGAUAGGGGAUAAGAUUAACCAAAUUCCACAUAAUUAUUGCAUUCAUAAUGUUGAUAUUAUUCAUAUCAUGCAUGACAUUCUUGAUUAACUUGAAAUAUUUGCCAAAUUUAAUCAUAGAAUACAAAUAAACUACACAAGAAGCCUUCCUGGCGGCUGUAGCAUAUUCAUUUGUGAGAUACUCAAAACUUUCUUUGCACAAGAAACAUUUUGUAAGUCUUGAAAUAAUGUUUUGUAUAGAAAAUCUUUGAUAUUAGAUAUGAAAUAUACACUAACAUAAAUCUUCUUUAAUUUGUUGAUAAAGAAUUAGAUUUUUAUGGGAUAUAGGGAGGGAAAUGCAGAUUUUGAUAUGGAAGAAGUAUGAAAAUAAAAUGUACAUUGGGUAGGACAUGUUAUAAAUAGACAUAAGACUCCCCACAUCCCCUCUUCAAAUUUAUUUACAGUAGAACGAACUCUAAUAAUCUAAACAUUCAUCGGCAGGACCCGGCAAAAUUUCUUUAAAAUGUAUAUUAUUCCAACACAUGAACUACUGAUAACUCAAGUAAUUUUGCCUGUCCCAUUGAGUUUGAGCAAACGAAGUUCGGCUGUUAUUUGUAAAAUAUCAACAAAUCACUUUGUAUUUUUUAUCAGUUUAUACUUAAACCUUUACAAGAAUCCUGGGUCCAAUGUUAUAUAUAGCUUGGGAACCAGUCUCAAAAUUCCUGUAUUUGAUUAAUUGUUUGAAUUGACCAAUGGCUAGCUUGCAUUCUGAGUCUGGGUUCCAAUUUCAGUUCUAUAACUUAUUGGUCAUGUCAUGCCAAGUUGUUAUAAUUAAAAAAAAGAUUAAUGAAAGAUGUUGUUUGUCAACAUUUUGAAAGCAUGCACUUGUUAAAUAUUUAAAGGGUCAUGCCUCUAGAUGAACAGCAAGGUUUCAGAAAGUUGAAAACAGAGAGGGACAUACAAAACCAUAGUAUGAUUAUGUAAAAAAUUGUGAGUAAAGUGUUACAAGAAGCUGACUUCCUUCUGUUUCACUUCACAUUUCUUUUGCAUGUCUAAUAGUUCCAUGUGUCUUUCUGCAUAAUUUAUAAGUGUUUUGAACAUAAAUAUACUACAUAGAACUAAUUUUUUUCAUUUACUUAAGGUAGUUUAUUAUUUCUAAAUUUCUAGCAAUUUGAUCUAAAUCUGCAGGCUUGCUCCUUUAAUUUUAAGUACAUGUAGUUUGUUGUUUCAAUUUUAUGUUAAACUAAUAUGUAAAAACUUAAUUUAUUUAUUAGAAUUUCAUCUUGAAAUCUUUUUGUACUACAUUCUGUAUCAGUGUAAUGUAUUUGUACAUAUACAUGUAUAAUAAAUAUAUUUUUAUAACGUA